CACUAUGAUGAAAAGGUAGCAAGAAAAGAAAUAUAUUAUGAGUGGAAAAGUUCUCCUUCAGCAUGUCUGCCUGGAAAAUCAGAGUCCUGACAGCACUGUGCUUCCUGCGGCACGUCAGAGGUCACAUUCACCUUCCUCCUCCUCAAAAUGUCACUCUGCUGUCAAAAGAUUUUGAUAUGAUUUUGAUGUGGAUGCCAGGAGAAGGAUCUCCACCAGAUGUGACAUACACAGUGAAAUAUGAAAGCCAGGAACGUAUGGACAAAUGGAUAAAGGUUCCUCAUUGCAAAAAUAUUUCCAAAACCUCCUGCAAUCUGACUUGUGUGCUUCCAAACUUCUUCAUUAAAUUCCGGGGUCGAGUAAAAGCUAUUUCUGGAGGACUCCAGUCACGUUGGGUAGAAUCAGAGUUCAAGGAAUACCAUCUGGAUGUGGAACUGGCUCCUCCCGUGCUAGAUGUGAGUAUAAAGGAGAAUUUAAUCCUUGUGAAUGCCUCCUUCCCUUUGGCCACCUGUGUGGAGAGUUUCCCUUGGAUGUAUGACUUGGACUUCUGGGAAGCUGGAUCUGAAGACAAGAAGCGAUAUGAAAGUAUUUUUAGGAAGAAUACAAUGAACAUUGACACCACUGCGCUUAGCGGCAAUUACUGCUUGAGUGCCAGAUCUUCCUUCCAAAGCAUUGACUUCAAGCACAGCAAAUUCUCCGACCCAGUGUGUGUGCUAUUAAACCAUAAAGCAGUGGAAUGGAAGUUCCCACUUUCUGCCGUGACCCCUGCAUUUGUCCUCCCCUUCCUUCUCACAGGUGUCCUCAUCAUCUGUUUGCUGAAACAAGAUUUUAGACGAACAAAGAUGCCUCGUGCUUUGGAUUUCUCCCAAUUAAAAGCUGCUGGAACCACCUUUCACUGUGAGCUCAGUGAGAAGGAGUUCUUCACAGACAAUCUUAUCUGCACAGAGAAGCCAGUAUCACAAGGGAAGACCAGAAGUGCAGCAAGCAACAGUCUGCCAUGGAUGGUUUCUUUCCUCUCAUCAUCAUCAUCAUCAGAAGAGGAGGAGGAAGAGCAGGAAGACAGCAGUACUUUCAUCCCAUACACUGAAAUGUCUCAGUUCCCAAAGAGAGGUCUGAACUAUCAGCCGUCCAGAACAGCUCUGGGGGAAGCCAGCUUGAACUCCAGAUCUGGAGGACUCUGUGUAGAUGAUGGAUCUGUGCUUGACCUAACUACCUUGGGUUUUUCUCUCUUUCCAACGAGAAAGAAUGAGAUGCAUACCUCAGGAUCCCAAAGAAAUAAGAAAGCAUCCCUUUCUUGCAGUCCCUCUUUGGGAAGUCUGUCCUUCACUGAUGUGAGGUAUCCAGGUCCCAGGGGACUCAGACAGCAUGACACGGACAGGGAUGAAUGUGUGGAAACGACCCCUCUUCAAACACCAGCGGAGGAAUUUAGUGUCAAACCUCUGGUUGCUGAACAGUUCCUGCAUAGCAAGAAUCAUUUCACUAAGUACUACCAGAAGCAAAUAUUUGGUCAGGGUUUCCCGACCACUAAGGAUUCGCAGCUCAAUGAGGAUCCAGACGGGGAGCAACUCAUUUGCUUUCAGACAUUACAGGUGGCAGAAGAUGAGAGUAUUGCAAGUGACUGCGACAGUGGUAACUUUACAGAAGGGACACCUCCUGCAUCCACUGUGCUAAGUGAAGCAUUUGAAACUUCAAAUAUGGAGGAAAAAUAUGGUCAAGAGUUUAAAUUCAAAGGCUAUCAGCAUAUGCAUUACAUGCCAAGGAACUAGAGUACCCUAGCAGCUCUGUGACAUGCAUGGAAAAUGCCGGAGAGUUCUACAUAACUAGGCAAGAGGAACACAAGGGCAAAUACCUGAUAUCAUUGCUUUUUGUAUUUAUUCACCUAGACAGUGUAUUUCCUACUAAAAAACAGUAGUGUAGCUGUCCUAUCAAGGCAUAUGGCUUUAAGAGUCACAAAAUUUGUAUUUUUACUGCCAGGUAUAAUUAAUAUAUAUUCACUAUCCCUCUCUACCAGUAUAGUUCUGAUAAGGUUUUGGAGCUAUAAUACAAGGUACAUUACUUAAACACAGCUGGGUUGAGGCAUGCAGUGCUAAUCUCAUGUACGUAUCACAUAGCACACAUGCAUUGCCUUGGGUUCACUUGAGACUUCAAACCACGAUAACUUCUGCAUGCUAGUUAUGAAUGGCAAAAAUACCUCUGGGAUUGCAAAACCAGAACCAGGGCCAACAGUUGAGGUCUGAAAAUGUCCUGUGUUCUGCCUGCAUGUUGCCUUUGAGUCUGGAUGAACUGCAGACAUUACAUUUGCUUCUUUGUAAUGGCAAAACUGCCCCGCUGCUUGAAUCGAAUGGAAGUAUCUUUACAGAGACAUUUAGCAACCUUUGCUUUUUGUGGGACGAAGAGAGCUCCCUAUCAGCCCACAGAGGACACCCUCUGCGUAUCAACAGAGUGGACAGAAGUCAAAGUGAGAAAUGUAGUGCACAUUUAUUUUUGUUAUUUAUUUAUUUUGUUUUUUAAUACAAACAUAGUUAUUGACCCUGAACUUUCCUCUGCUGUGCAGAAUAUCUGAGAGCUGUGGAGUAUGUGGAGGCAAUAAUAUUUUGAUAGAUAA